UGCAAUUUUUAUCGUAGCCCAGAAUUUUUUCAUAUAUUUAUGGUUGAGCUAAAUUGGGACGGAACGACUUGAUUCCGAGCAAAACUACAUUGAAAUUCUUGCUUUAUCCCAGUAACUGUUUGACUAAUAUCUCGGAGAACUGUUCAUGAUUUGCAUGUCACAUGAUAGCUGAUCAUCCAUGAAAAAAACCUAUUUAUAUAUCAACUUUACACAACAAAGUCAACAUGGAAAAGACAAUAACAUUAUUUUUGGUUCUUACUUUUCUCGUUGUCUUCAAUAAUAUCUUAUAUGUUUCUUGUGUCAAGUACGAGCCAAAUUGGGAGUCUCUAGAUUCAAGACCUCUUCCAUCAUGGUAUGAUGAAGCAAAGAUAGGAAUUUUCAUCACAUGGGGAGUAUUUUCGGUUCCGUCAUUUGGGACAGAAUGGUUUUGGUGGACAUGGAAGGAAGCAAAGAAUCCUGCUACAGUGGACUUUAUGAAGAAAAAUUAUAGACCUGAUUUCACAUACCCUGAUUUCGCAUCACAAUUUUCAGCUGAAUUUUUUAAUGCCAACGAAUGGGCAGAAAUACUGAAGUCUUCAGGAGCAAAAUAUGUUGUGUUAGUGAGUAAACAUCAUGAGGGGUUUACCCUCUGGCCAUCUAAUUAUUCAUGGAACUGGAAUGCAAUGGAUGUUGGCCCAAAUAGAGACAUUGUUGGAGAACUUGCUAAAGCAGUACGAUCUAAGACUGACAUACAUUUUGGAAUGUACCAUUCUUUACUUGAAUGGUUCAACCCUCUAUACAUUCAGGACAGAGAGAAUGGAUUCAAGACUCAGGACUUUGUCAGAACCAAAACGAUGCCUGAGCUAUAUGAGAUGGUAAAUAGAUACCAGCCAGAUAUUAUAUGGUCAGAUGGAGACUGGACAACUACAGAUGUGUAUUGGAAUGCUACAAAUUUCCUUGCUUGGUUAUAUAAUGAGAGUCCAGUGAAAGACAAAGUUUGUGUGAAUGACAGAUGGGGAAGUAAUAUCAGAUGUAAACAUGGAGGUUUCCUGAACUGCAAUGACAAGUAUAACCCAGGUGUGUUGAAUAAAAAAAAGUGGGAAAACUGUAUGGAAAUGGAUAGAUAUUCCUGGGGCUACAGACGUAAUGCCAGACUAGCUGAUUAUUUCAGUAUGCAUGAACUUUUAUCAGAGGUCGCAGAAACAGUUAGCACUGGUGGCAAUAUACUUAUUAAUAUUGGACCAACAAAAGAUGGAAUGAUUAUACCUAUCUAUCAGGAGAGACUUAAGCAACUUGGUGAAUGGUUGGGUGUAAAUGGAGAAGCUAUUUAUGGAUCAAAACCUUGGAGUCAUCAAAAUGACACUAUCACUAAAUAUAUAUGGUAUACAUCACAGAUUGCUGGUAGUGAUGUUACAGUCUAUGCCAUUUUGUUAUUUUGGCCAGCAGAUAACACAGUAAUUCUUGGUGCGCCAGUAUCUUCAUCGUCAACAAUCGUCAGUAUGCUUGGAUACGAUGGAAACUUUGACUGGAAACCAAAUUCAGGAGGUGGUAUAGAAGUAACUAUACCUCCUAUAACAAUUAACAAGCUACCAUGUAAUGAUGUCUGGGUACUCAAACUUGAAAAUUUGCAAAAUUAAUUAUACAAUAAUUAACUGUUUGUUAGUUUAUUUAUACUGUCAAUGUCUUCUUUUUUUUAUAAUUAAUGAAAAGGAAUGAAAUGACAUUUUUUACUAAAGUUAGAGUCUCAUGGUAUAUUUAGUACUAGAAUGUCCUAAUCAACCAUAUGAUUAUCUAGAAUUUAUUACUAAGAAUCAUUCAAGUUAUUCUUUUCACAAAAAAAACAAACAGAAAAACAUAACAGGAUUCAGCUGUGUGUAUAUGUGUUAAAGAAUGGUUUAAGUUGACAACUUGCAUGAUACAGAAAUCAGAAUUAGAAAAAAAAUAUUGAAUAAAACCUAAAUGCAAACAUAUUAGAUACAAAAGUUUAAAUACAUAUUUGUGAAUAUGUGUACCAUACAAUCACAAUGUUGUUCCAAAAUCCCCAUCCUUAAGUUGAUUAUUUGACAUGAAAUCAGUAAAAAGUAAGAUAGUGUGGGUAACUGUACAUUGUACCAUAAAUUGUAAGUUUUCUACUUCCAUGUUGAAAUUAAGUUUAAAUUGACACAAAUGUAAAGAAAAAAAUCAAUUACUGUACUUUAAUAUAUAUGUAUUUUUACCAUUUUGUUAAGUAAUGAAUAGUGGUCAAGUGUGUUCAAAUGUGUAGACAUUUUAUCUUUUACAUUCCAUUUCAAAAAUAUAUAUAUAUACAAAAGAUGCAUAAUCCAUAUAUACAACAAAUAUGUCCCAAAAGAGAAAAGAUGUUCUAUAUUCCUAGAUGAUUUAGGAUAUUCAACUUCUCAUCUACAGUAAAGCAUCUUGUACAUGUAUGUAUUACAAGCAGAGUACAAAAAGAGCUUAUCAGCCUCAAAACCAAGGGGUGAACCUGUAUAUAACAUUUAUCUAUAUGAUAAGUAUUUUGCAGUCUUUAUAUUUAUGUUUAUUUUAAAAGUUAUAGUGUUAAUUAAAAAAAAAAUAGUGUGUAGUAAACUAUGCCACCACAUGAUUAACAUUUAUAGUGUAUAAUUGCAUGAUAAAUUAUAAGCAUAAUAGAAGGUAGAUUCUGUCAAGUGGUUUGACCAGCAUGAAGGGCAAGAAAUUUAGAUAGGGACAUGAAUUUGGCCUUGCAACAGGCCACCUACAAAACCUUUAAAGAGUUGUUGCAAGGGUUUUUGAUACAUUGAAAGUGAACAAACCUUUAAUAAUUAAUUUGUUAUCUCCAUCUUGACUGACCAUUUCCCUUUCAAAUCAGAGUCCGUGCAUAAUACAGUUGAUGAUGUAUCUCAUGAACAAUUAUUUGGUGUUCUUAUACUACAGAGAUUAUUUUGUUUUGUUUAUUUUUUUUUAUCAUUGUUCUUUAAAAUUUUAUAAUUUUUCUUACAUGUUAACUAAAUACUGUACCUUAUUUGAUAAAAAAUAUAUUACAAUAAA